CGAGGAUAAAAUAUUGGAUGCCAUUAGAGGAGAAUUCAAUAAACUAAAAAUACAACAUCCUACAUUAUUCCAAGACUAUCAACCGAAGCCCUUCUGUACUUUGCCUCAGAAGCCAUCCCACGACGUUGUCCACCGUCUUGAAGAAGUAUCCAUGACACUUGACGAGAUACGUCGACUCAGAACUGCGUUCCCGAAUCAUGUCACAGUAACAUAUUUAUCAGGAAAUCCUGGCUGUGGAAAAAGCGAGCUUGCAAGACAGAUUGGAGAAAAAUACUUCGAUGAAUUUGAAAAAGACGAGUCGUCCAAAUUCGUGGCUACAUUAAAUGCAUCGAGUCUUGAGAGUCUGAUUCAGUCGUACAUGGAACUGGCAUUCCAGCUUCAAUGCAACGACAUAUCCCUAAUCAUGUCAUCAGAAAAGAAUUCUCAAGAACAGAAACUUGCUCAGUUGCAAGCGCUCGUAGUUCCAAAGUUUCAGAAAUAUUCCUCAUGGCUGAUAAUUGUUGACAACGUUGAAGAUAUUAAAAUGGUUUGCAAAUUUAUACCGCACUCAGGUCAAAAGCUGCUGCAUCAUGGACAAAGACAUAUCCUGAUCACUACUCAAGACAUCGAGUCUAUACCAACAAGCGAUUCGCAUGCACACCAAAUUCAGCUUAAAAAUGGUAUGAAAUUACAUGACGCAGCUCAGACCCUGUAUGAAAUAUCUGGAUUGCCAUGCGACGAAGAAAUCGCAAAUAAAUUAUGCGAAAAACUAGACUUUCAACCUCUAGCGCUUGCCUGUGCAGCAGUGUACAUCAGACAAACACGCUGCGCUGAUCCAAGCAUGAACUGGGAAAGUUAUCUUGAAAAAGUGGAGAAAGGAAAUCUGAUGUCGGCUGAUGAGCUUUACGAGAAAACAAAUCACCCCUACCAGAGAUCUAUGAAGACUGCUAUUAAGAUGGCAGUUGAAAAGAUUUUAGAAAAAAGUGAGGUGUUACAGCAUGCAUUUGAAUUUAUGGCGGCUGUUGCUCCAGAGUUCAUAUCACUAGAACACGUUAUCAGCUAUGUACGUCAGUGCAUGCCUAAUAUGGAAAAAGAGAAUGUAGCUAUAGCCAUUACCUCAUCCGCCCUCAUCAUUACUUCCGAAGGCAGCUCUAAACGACAGUCUGUUCGCGUUCACCAAGUUGUCUAUCAUGUUCUUCAAUCCGUCUAUGAAGUAACAUUCCUGCAGCCAGUCGAUGAAUUUUCAUUUUUCAUGAAACUCGUCAACGUAUUUUCUUACAUCAGUGACAUUGGCGCAGAUAUAAUGAAGUUCUUUCAAGAAACAGCUCCUCUAAUUGUGCACUUUGUCUUUUUGUCGGAAAAGGUGAAAGAUUAUUUUGAAAGGAAUCAAAUUUUAAAGGUGCUAAAUGAAGCAAAGCUUUAUGGAGUACAUUAUCAGUGUAAUAAACUAUUUACCCAUCAAUNCUUUCGACGGGUCCAAGUCACUUCCUCAAAGCGCAACCUACAUCAAAUCAUUAAAGUCUUCAACAAGAGCCCAUUCCUACAGAACAAGGUAAAGUAG